GCUGAGUUGCCGAAGGUCCCGUAGCCGGGGUCCCGGGCCAGGUCCCGGUUUAUCUUUUUCUCCUCCGGCCUGGUUCUGUCCGCCAGCCUCGUCCGGACUACUUCAGGCGGGACGGCAGCAGCGACUCUCUCCUGGCCACCAUGCACGACGCUUUCGAACCGGUGCCGAUCCUGGAAAAGCUGCCUCUGCAGAUCGACUGUCUGGCUGCCUGGGAGGAAUGGCUUCUCGUUGGAACCAAACAAGGACAUCUUCUUCUCUACAGGAUUCGGAAGGAUAUUGGUUGCAACAGGUUUGAAGUGACACUAGAGAAGUCCAAUAAGAAUUUCUCCAAAAAGAUCCAGCAGAUCCAUGUGGUUUCCCAGUUUAAGAUUCUAGUCAGCUUGUUAGAAAACAACAUUUAUGUCCACGACCUGUUGACAUUUCAACAAAUCACUACAGUUUCAAAGGCAAAGGGAGCAUCGCUGUUCACAUGUGACCUGCAGCACACGGAGACUGGUGAGGAGGUGUUGCGGCUAUGUGUGGCAGUGAAAAAGAAACUGCAGCUGUACUUUUGGAAGGACAGGGAGUUUCAUGAAUUGCAGGGGGACUUUAGUGUACCUGAUGUUCCCAAGUCCAUGGCAUGGUGUGAGAAUUCAAUCUGUGUGGGCUUCAAGAGAGACUAUUACCUGAUAAGGGUGGAUGGAAAGGGGUCCAUCAAAGAGCUCUUUCCAACAGGAAAACAGCUGGAGCCCUUAGUUGCACCCCUGGCAGAUGGAAAAGUGGCCGUGGGUCAGGAUGAUCUCACCGUGGUGCUCAAUGAGGAAGGCAUCUGCACACAGAAAUGUGCCCUGAACUGGACAGACAUUCCGGUGGCCAUGGAGCACCAGCCUCCGUACAUCAUCGCGGUGUUGCCUCGGUAUGUAGAGAUCCGGACGUUUGAGCCAAGGCUUCUGGUCCAGAGCAUUGAAUUGCAAAGACCCCGUUUCAUCACUUCAGGGGGAUCCAACAUUAUCUAUGUGGCCAGCAAUCAUUUCGUUUGGAGACUCAUUCCUGUGCCCAUGGCCACCCAGAUCCAGCAGCUUCUCCAAGACAAGCAGUUUGAGCUGGCUCUGCAGCUUGCAGAAAUGAAAGACGAUUCAGACAGUGAAAAGCAACAACAAAUCCAUCACAUCAAGAACUUGUAUGCCUUCAAUCUCUUCUGCCAGAAGCGCUUUGAUGAGUCCAUGCAGGUCUUUGCAAAGCUUGGCACAGAUCCCACCCAUGUGAUGGGCUUGUACCCUGACCUGCUGCCCACAGACUACAGGAAGCAGCUACAGUACCCAAACCCACUGCCUGUGCUCUCUGGUGCUGAGUUGGAGAAGGCUCACUUAGCUCUCAUUGACUACCUGACGCAGAAACGAAGUCAGUUGGUAAAGAAGCUGAAUGACUCUGAUCACCAGUCCAGCACCUCCCCGCUCAUGGAAGGCACUCCCACCAUCAAAUCCAAGAAGAAGCUGCUGCAGAUCAUUGACACCACCCUGCUCAAGUGCUACCUCCACACCAAUGUGGCCCUGGUGGCCCCCUUGCUGCGCCUGGAGAACAAUCACUGCCACAUUGAGGAGAGCGAGCAUGUGCUGAAGAAGGCCCACAAGUACAGCGAGCUGAUCAUCCUGUACGAGAAGAAGGGGCUCCACGAGAAAGCUCUGCAGGUGCUGGUGGACCAGUCCAAGAAAGCAAACUCCCCGCUGAAAGGCCACGAGAGGACAGUGCAGUAUCUGCAGCACCUGGGCACAGAAAACCUGCUUUUGAUUUUUUCCUACUCUAUGUGGGUGCUGAGAGACUUCCCAGAAGACGGCCUAAAGAUAUUUACCGAAGAUCUCCCGGAGGUGGAAUCUCUACCACGAGAUCAAGUGCUGGACUUCUUAAUAGAGAAUUUCAAGGGUCUGGCUAUUCCUUAUCUGGAGCACAUCAUCCACGUUUGGGAGGAGACAGGCUCGCGGUUCCACAACUGCCUGAUCCAGCUGUACUGUGAGAAGGUGCAGUGUCUGAUGAAGGAGUACCUCCUGUCCUUCCCCGCAGGCAAAACCCCCGUUCCUGCCGGAGAAGAAGUGGGUGAGCUGGGAGAAUACCGGCAGAAGCUGCUCAUGUUCUUGGAGAUUUCCAGCUACUACGAUCCAGGCCGGCUCAUCUGUGAUUUCCCUUUUGAUGGCCUCUUAGAAGAACGCGCUCUCCUGCUGGGGCGCAUGGGGAAACACGAGCAAGCUCUCUUCAUCUAUGUCCACGUCUUGAAGGAUACCAAGAUGGCUGAGGAGUACUGUCACAAACACUACGACCAAAGCAAAGAUGGCAACAAAGAUGUGUAUCUGUCCCUGCUUCGGAUGUACCUGUCACCCCCAAGCAUUCACUGCCUAGGGCCAAUCAAGCUGGAGCUGCUAGUGCCUCAGGCAAACCUCCAGGCUGCCCUGCAGGUGCUGGAGCUGCACCACAGCAAACUGGACACCACCAAGGCCAUCAACCUUCUGCCAGCAAACACUCAGAUCAAUGACAUACGCAUCUUUCUGGAAAAGGUCUUGGAAGAAAAUGCACAAAAGAAACGGUUCAAUCAAGUUCUCAAGAACCUUCUCCACGCUGAGUUCCUGAGGGUCCAGGAAGAGCGGAUUUUACACCAGCAGGUGAAAUGCAUUAUCACAGAGGAGAAAGUGUGCACUGUGUGUAAGAAGAAGAUUGGGAACAGUGCGUUUGCAAGAUACCCCAAUGGUGUGGUCGUACACUACUUCUGUUCCAAAGAGGUAAACCCAGCUGACACCUGAGCCCAGCAGCCCAUCACUCAGCACUGGACAGCUCGGCUAUCCCAGAAAGGUGAAGGAACAGCCGGCCUUGGGAGUGUGAGGCUGACACCACCAGGUGUCUCCCGCUUGGACACGUCUGUCUACAUUGUGCCCUGGAACAUCUCUGAAUUAAUCAGACUCAUGGUCUGGCCUUGCCAACUCUUUAAUAGGAAAUGAGAUUAGUCAUAUUUUACACCAUUACGUUGCAGGCAGUUCCAGGGAAUUUUAACACCUUCUAGGACAGGAUGAAGUACACCAGCUUGCCUUUGUAUACCAGUCACCUAAAAAAGGAGACUUGUCUCACUGGGUUGCUUAUCGGGAGUUUUCUGUUAAGUCAAGUGCACAGAUUUGUGAAGACCUCUCCAAGUGGCUGCCUGAGGAUCCCACAGGAAGACAGUACCAGAACUACUCCAGCGACAGACUGAACGGCUCUGACUUCUCCACGGUGUCCCCAGUCAUCGCCCUGCUUAGCUCUUUGGUUUUCAACCUCUUUUCUCUCUAUUUAUUUUACCCCAUAUCUCCCUUCAAUGUGCCAACUGGGCCCUGGACAUUGGGGAUGGCUAACAUUCAAAUGAGUACAGAAAAGCAAGAGGAAGUCUGCUUUCUAGGAGCACACGGAUGGUCAGUGGUCAGCUAUGGUGUAAGUAGCUCUUCUUCAUCCAGAGCUGUCAGUGUAGGCGUUAGGGAGAGUGCCUCAUUGCAUGGGGUCUGUGGUCCCCUGGGCGGGGCCCCAAGAGGCACUUACUUGCUCCUGCCUCACUCACCAGCUACUUACAGCAAAUCAUUUGUUCUUUAGGCACCUUUCUCUUUUCCAGCCACUUCCCAUCCUCUUGCCUUCCUGCUAGGCAUGAUCACUCCCUGGCUUUGUGUGGCAGGGUUGGAGGAGUGUGCAGAUAAUGCAGUGGCCUAGCCUUGACAUACGGUGGUCCUUCAGCAUUGGGCUGGGUCCUGUGUUGUAAUCUGAUUGGCUGGUAAUGAUUAAACGAGACUCCUCAUAGACAUGCUCUCCAAAGAGACCAAGUGAAUGCUACUGGCGCCAUUCACAAACACGGGGGCUCCUCCGGUCUGCGAGCCCGGCAACCCAUGGAGAAAGAAGCCACUGUCCCAACUAGCCACAGCUUUUCUCAAGAAGUGGCGCUGCCCUGCUGAACAGCACUGGGCAUCCGGCCAGCCCUCCACUGCAGGAACUGCCCUGCCGUGUGAGCCCUGCCUUCCCAGACUGCUCUGCUUGUACCUUCCAACCUCAUGAACUCUGAAGCAGCGGAAUAAAGAGUAUUUUCUCCUGUGUGGUCUUACAUACACGAUCCCUUUCCUCAAACUGUUCUUCCUUCUCUGUAUUCCAUCGAAGUAUGGAGAAGACUGGAAAGGAAAGCUCUGUUCUGAGGACUAAUGGGGAUGUCUUAACUGCUCAUAAUAAACAUAACCAAGCAGGAAA